GACCAAGCCCAACCAGAGACGGCCCUGUCCUCUUGAAUCUGGUGUUUUGACGGCAAAUCCCGAAGCAGAGUGGGAUGUGAAAACAAAGAAAAGAAUGGUUUUGCUUCUAGCUUCGUGUCCCUCUAAUCUUCUGGACUUAAAUGGAAGCAGAAGAAGAGAAAUUGUAUUUCCAUGCUCAAGCACUCUCAAAACCAGAGUUGAACUGGGAAGUAGUAUUUUUGGUCGGAAGAUUGAAAAUAAAUACAGAGGAAGCGUAAAGGCCUUUUUCUUUAAUCCCUUCAAAGAACCUAUUCUUAAGGAUGCUAUCAAGUUUCAUCUUCAGGAGCCAGUCGCGUUCAUGGGCGGUGUAUUUGCCGGACUUCUAAGGCUCGAUUUGAAUGAAGAUCCCCUCAGGGAGUGGGUUAGUCGAAAUGUGGAAGCCUUGGGGAUUAAAGAGGACGAACUUGCUGAUGAUGGUUCAAAAGUGGAGGAGCAAAUCCCUAUACAAAUUGACAUCGAAUGAUUGUUACCUUUGUUCCUUUGUAUGAAUAUUUACUCGUAUCAUUUGUAAUGCUCUAAAUUCAAAAUUAGACAUGAUACGACACAACGUAUUUAUAGAUAAAAACUCAUAAAUAUAUGAGAAUUAAAACAAAUUUUAAUCAA